AGUCUGUUGGGUGGCACUCACACACAUAUCGGAAAUGUGUGUGUGUGUGUGUGUGCGGUGUCCAUAUAUAAGAAGUGAACUGCGUAACCUGUGUAAGUCAUCACACAGCGUGAAGACUCAACUGAAGAGAACCAAGAUGGCAAGUGACGUCGAUCGGCAAAAUGUUUUCCGCACGACGAAGGUCCGAGCGGCGCUACGGAAAGAUGGCAGCUGGAUCCGCCGAAUCACAGACGGACAGACGGAUCCCCAGCCGAGUGAAUCUCCAGGCUUUUUGGAAUUGAGCCCAGUUACUGCCUCCAGCAGCAGUGUCUCUAAGACCCCCACCCGUCAGACCCCCACCCCCCAGACCCCCACCUAUCAGACCUCCACCUGUCAGACCCCCAUCCCUCAGAGCCCCACCCCCCAGACCCCCACCCGUCAGACCUCCACUCCCCAGACCCCCACCCCUCAGAGCCCCACCUCUGCCCAGGACACGGCCACUUCUCCAGGAUGGAAAGGGAGAAGAGGCGGCUCGUAUGUGCUGUCAGCGAUGAGGAAGUUUGAAUCUGUGGAGUCACCAGAGAGCUCACCAGUAAAAACCAAUUCCAGUUUGUUCAAAAGCCCUGAAGGUAAAUCUGGGUUAACGCAGGUCACACCAACACUGAAAUCUGAUGAACUCAACAUCACUGAUGAAGUUACAGCACCUGUGUUGAAGACACCUGAAGCUACAGCACCUGAAGCUACAGCACCUGUGGUGAACACACCUGUGGUGAACACACCUGUGGUGAAGACACCUGUGGUGAAGACACCUGUGGUGAACACACCUGUGGUGAAGACACCUGUGGUGAACACACCUGUGGUGAACACACCUGUGGUGAACACACCUGUGGUGAAGACACCUGAAGUUACAACACCUGUGGUGAAGACACCUGUGGCGAAGACACCCGAAGUUACAGCACCUGUGGUGAAGACACCUGAAGUUGCAACACCUGUGGUGAACACACCUGUGAUGAACACACCUGUGGCGAAGACACCCGAAGUUACAGCACCUGUGGUAAAGACACCUGUGGUGAAGACACCUGAAGUUACAGCACCUGUGGUGAAGACACCUGUGGUGAAGACACCUGAAGUUACAGCACCUGUGGUGAACACACCUGUGGUGAAGACACCUGAAGUUACAGCACCUGUGGUGAACACACCUGUGGUGAACACACCUGUGGUGAACACACCUGAAGUUACAGCACCUGUGGUGAACACACCUGUGGUGAACACACCUGUGGUGAACACACCUGAAGUUACAACACCUGUGGUGAAGACACCUGAAGUUACAGCACGAGUCACUGAUGUUGAUAAGGUACUGUGUUCCUUCUGUAACAAACCUAUGGAAGGUGAUGAGAAAAUUUCACUGAACAUUCCUUCAAUUGUCUGCCAUGUGGAGUGCUUUCAGUGUGCUACAUGUGCUAAAUCACUAGGUGACAUGAUGUCCUCCAUGUUCCACCACUGUGGGAAGAUUCACUGUAAGAGAUGCUUUGAUACAGUGGUCUACAGCACCUAAGUUAUCGCCAUGGCAACAACAGGUGUAACUUUGAGCUGUCUAUUACGUUGAUACAGAAAGGUUUUUUCACAUGUACUUCCUUUCAGAUUAUCAGAUUAAGGUGCCAUUAAUUGUAUGAAAUAAUAAAUCAACUAAAGUUUA